CAAGUAGCUGCCAUUGCAUCACACAUGGAACAACGACCGUGAUUGGCCUGUGAAAAGCUGAGCUGGACGUUGUGGCGACACAGCGGAACAAGGCAGGUGCGGAGACAAAGUGUCCCUCCUGUUCUGAACCCGGCCAUCUCCGCCAUCACCAGGUUUGCAAGAACUGGCAACCGUUUGGUAACAGCCGAGAAGCGCUAAUGAACGCUCCACCUCUUCGUCCCCUUCUCUUUCUUGACCUAGACACCCCGAACAUCGACCCUACAAAGUCACAGUCAUGGCGAAGGACAUCAAAGAGCUAGCUAAGGAAUGGUUGGAGCUCGACCAGGAUAAGACCACGAGAGACGAGAUCUACCAACUACUCCACCAUGGCGACGCAAUCGAACUCGAACUACGACUACGAAGCCGGAUUGCGUUUGGAACUGCUGGUCUGCGAGGCCCCAUGCAAGCUGGAUUUGCCUGCAUGAACUCCCUCACAGUCAUCCAGGCCUCGCAAGGACUGGCAGCAUAUCUCUUGAAAACCGAGAACGAUGUUCAAAAGCGGGGCGUAGUCAUCGGUCGUGAUGCAAGACACAACUCAGAGAAGUUUGCCAAGCUCACAGCUGCUGCGUUCGUGGCGAAGGGCAUCAAGGUUUGGUGGUACGAGACACCAUCGCACACACCGCUGGUUCCUUUUGGAGUACGAGAGCUGGGUGCGGCUGCUGGAGUGAUGGUCACGGCAAGCCACAACCCCGCCAAGGACAAUGGAUACAAGGUAUACUGGUCGAACGGAUGCCAGAUCAUCCCACCGCACGACACUGGAAUCGCCCAAGCAAUCCUAGAGAACCUCAAGCCUGUCACUUGGGACACGUCCAUCGUAGAUGAGGACAAUCUUAUGGUCGAGGGAUCUCUGGAUCUGGUAAGGGAUAAUUAUCACAAGGCCGUUCUGUGCGCGUCUCAGCCGGAGCAUGCCAUUAAACUCAGCCCGGAUCUCAAGUUUGUCUACACACCCAUGCAUGGUGUCGGACUACCAGCCAUGAAGCGCUGCACCGAGACUUUGGGAGUAGCCUCGCAGAUGACUGUCGUAGAAGCUCAAGCUCAGCCGGAUCCAGACUUCCCAACAGUCAAGUUCCCAAACCCAGAAGAGAAGGGAGCACUAGACCUGGCUAUCCAGACAGCUGAUUCAGCUUCGGCGAAACUCAUCCUUGCCAGCGAUCCGGAUGCUGAUCGACUUGCUGCGGCCGAGAAGAUCGGUGACAAGUGGCACAUCUUCACCGGUAACCAGCUUGGGCUGCUGCUAGGCGCCUACAUCUUCGAGCGGUACCCAUCAUCAAAACCUAGAGACAAGCUUGCUAUGUUGGCAAGUACAGUCAGCUCGAGGUCACUUGCCGCCUUGGCCAAGAAGGAAGGCUUCCAUUUCUCCGAGACCCUGACUGGGUUCAAAUGGCUCGGAAAUGUCGCGCGAGACCUCGAGACGCAAGGCUACACCGUCGCAUACGCUUUCGAGGAGGCUCUUGGAUACAUGAUACCGCAGACAGUACACGACAAGGACUCGAUUAGUGCCGCCGCUGUCUUCCUGACUGCAGCAUCGCAGUGGUCUGAAAAGGGCUUGACACCAUACGCUAAAUUGCAAGAGCUCUAUGAGUAUCUAGGCUACUUUGAGGAUGCAAACACGUACCUCGUCUCUCCAUCACCGCUCGUUACAACAGCAGUGUUCACGGCUGUCCGUGCACUGGGCAGUCCUCACCCCACCACCAUCGGAUCCCGCAGGAUCGUGCGCUGGAGGGAUCUUACGCUAGGCUAUGACUCAAAGAGCAGUGACCACAUGCCUGAUCUACCUGUGGAUCCGACUGCACAGAUGAUCACUUGCGAGCUGGAUGAUGGCGCAGUCUUUACGGUUAGAGGCAGCGGAACCGAGCCGAAGAUCAAGCUGUACAUUGAGUGCCAAGGAAAGACCAGUGAAGAGGCGAAAAAGGGUGCAAACGGUAUCCUGGAGGAUCUAUUGAGGGAAUGGUUCAAGCCAAAAGAGAAUAGUCUGAGACUUGCAUAGGGCAUGCAACAGCCCGAGAUUCGUGCAACAGACAUGAAGCUAGCGGUGAAGUAGAGGAAAAGGUGCGUUUGUCUGCGUUCCUAGUCCAGCAUAUAGCGAGCAUGGCAUAGAUAUGAGCCAUCUUGGACACAGUACCUCUUUCCUGCUCGCCUUUCUUACCUUUGAAGCUUCCACAGACCGCCUACGAUGCGAGCAGGAGUUGACGGCCAGGGCUACAGCACUGUGGAAGACUAUGACCUUGACAUGUGGAAGUGAAGACACGGCAAUGCUCAGAUUGGACAUGGAUAUCAAGACUGGUGUCACCGUCUGGGAAUAACGACAAGCACACACGUGUUGUGAGCGUGGGCUGGAUCGAUCAUCUGAAGAAAACAGCAUAGUUAUAGGACAAAGGCGAAGGAGCAUAUAGUCCAGAAUACUCACUCAAGCCGUCAGAUCCGGUUCAGCAAUGUCCCGUUGCCCAUCUCUGACGUUUCC